AUGAAGCGUCCAAACAUUCUUUGUUCUGAAUUAUCAUCAGAUUUAUCGCUUAAAGCAUUAAAUGACUCACCAGUAAAUGACUCACCAGUUGGUUGUGUUUUAAGAGAUAUAGCUACAAAACAGACUAAUCAGUGUCAGAAAAUUCGUGAUCAAAGUCUCGAUGUGACAGUUCUUCUACCCGACCGUAGAGGCUUCAAAUUCCCAUCUCUCGUUGGAAAAAACAUAUAUGCAGCAGAUCUUUUGCUUCGUAUGGCUGAUCAUUUGAAGGUUGAUAGAAAGCUUAUGAAGGAAUGCUGUUCUCUUUGGAUGGUUUCACCGUUUUUAGAAGUGCAGUUGAAACCGCAUCAUGUGCCUUUCGAAAUUCGUGAACAUUGGAGUGAUUUGUUGAAUCGUUUUGCUGAUGUCGAUCAAAAAGAAAAGAAUUGUGAUGAACCAUUUCUUUACUUGAAGAGGAAUGUCUAUUUAUCUGUUCAACGUGAAAUUGAGGUGUUUUUUUCAAACAUUUAUCUCCAUGUCAGGAUUGCCGAAUGGUUAUCCUGUUCUGCAGAUUACUUCUGGAUCACUGUGGUAUACGCGAUUAAGUUUCAGAUUGAAGAUCAAUCAGAAUAUUUAACCGAAAUUCUCUAUUUAUGUGCGAAACAAGAAGUUUUGGAAGGUCGUUAUCCUUGUGAUAUUGAAACAAGUAUUCGGUUGGCGGCAUUGCAGUUGAGCAUUGAUUUGGGCUCAUUCGAUCAAUGUAAAUAUACUGCUUGUGCAGUCAGUGACAUUGUUGAUAAAUUUAUUCCUGUACAGCAUGUCCAAAAUGUGAAAAGUAUGUAUCUGUUUGGUUUUCCGAUUUUUGGUUGUAAAGGCCUCGAAAGCGAUAUUAUUGAUGAACUUAAAAUUAUUUCAUCAAAAUAUGGAAACAAUCAUUCGAAAAGAAAAGCAUAUUUGGAAAUUGUUCGAUGUUUCCCUUUCUAUGGUUCUGCUUUCUUCCAUGGCUAUGUUGAAAGACCUCCGGCUAGAUCAUUGAAAGAUAUUAAACGCAUGAUUUUGGCCAUGGCGAUUCCAGAAAUUGAGGUUUACAUAGGAAUAAAUUAUGACUAUAUAACCAUAAUUGACUCAUCCAGUCAUGAAAUUCUACUUAUUCAGUCGCUUUCGGGCUGCACAUGGCACUAUAUCGAUGGGUUUAUUUUACAUAAAACAAUCUUUAGUCACCAAGCAAUUAUGAUGGAAGCUUUGAUGAAUAUUUUGUAUAAUAUAGUUUUGUCCAAAAAUGAAGAAAUUAAAUUCAUUGAUGAUGAUGAAAAAGAAUGUAAUAAUACCCAUUAUUAUGAGAAAUUGAAAGAAAAUAAAGGCGAAUCUCUUUUUGAUGAGCUGACUUUUUUUAAUCGAAAAUCUAUCAAAAUCCCGGCCGUAUCAAUUGACUGCGACGCAGUACCUACGUCGUUUUGCAAUUUGGAAUUCAAGUGCAAAGCCCAAGCAAACGGGCAGUAUUCGCGUAAUUCUUGUGUUCGACAAUUAGAUAAAUUGUGUUUGGCUACGUUUGAUGGCACGGAACGAUGCAUAAAAGCCGAAGGAUCGCUUCGAUAUGUUUUUUCAGAAGUUUAA